AUGCUAGAACGAGUUAAUGCUUUGCCUUUGGUUGACCGAAUUGGGGCCUAUUCGCAUAUUUUAGGAUUGGGUGAAGUUAAGUUAGGAUUGGGUGAUAGUAAGGUAAUGGGAGACCAAAUGAGUGCUGGGAAAGAGUUAAGUGAUGAUAGUUGUGGAUUAGUUGGACAAGUUCAAGCCCGGCAAGGACUUAAACUCUUGCAAAAGCUGGCGGCUAGUAAUCAAGGAAGACUAGCUAUUUUAGCGGGACCGGCUGGAAGUGGUAAAGGUGCCCUAUUAGCCGGAUUAAAGGCUGAGUUAAAACGAGAGGAAGUGCCAUGUACUGUUUUGUCUGGUAGUGAGAUACACUCUUCUGCACUGAGUAAGACAGAAAUUCUGAUGCAAGGCAUUAGACAGUCCUUGGGCAUGCGAGUGAAAGAGAUAAGCCGGAUUAUUGAAGGAGAAGUAGUUGAGAUUAGUGUAGAUAGAGAGAGGGGUAGCUCCGGGAAGAUUGUUUUGAAAACAACUGAUAUUGAAGGUAUCUUUACUUUGGGAGAGAAGAUGUUGCUGGCUUUAUACCAAGAAAGAGUUGAAAUUGGCGAUGUCGUGCGGAUUAACAAAACAACCGGUACAGUACAGCGCUUAGGCCGAGCUCUUUCUAAGGCAAAGGAUCACGAACUGAUUGGACCAAACAAUCAGUUUAUACCUACUCCGGAAGGGGAACUACUAACUACGCGUGAGGAAAGACAUACUGUUACUUUUCAUGAGAUAGAUCUUAUCAAUUGUGAGCACUUAGGUCCUUCUUCUGUUCAUCGUAGUGCGCUGGAGAUUCCGGCGGAAGUACGGGAAAGUGUAGAUGCUUCUAUGAAAGAAUGGGUAGAGGAAGGAAAGGGCGAAUUAGUUACGGGUAUGUUAUUUAUUCCAGAGUCGCACUUACUGGAUUUAGAGUGCUAUGCUUUUCUUAAUACAGUAAGUGAACUAAGACAAAGUCCGGUGGUUAUUCUAGCGACAGAUCGUGAACUUGGUAUUCCUCGAGGGGGUUGUGAGUCUUGGCCUUUUGGCGUACCUAGUGACUUCUUCUCACGGGCUCUGCUGAUUCAAACGACGGUUUAUAGUUUAGAUGAGGUGCAAGCUAUUGUGCGUUUGCGUUUGAAUUUAGAAACGGUGAAUGCUGAUGAAGAAACAGUACGGGCAUUAGCUGAACUUGGCCAGUCGCAAGGUCUUCGUUAUUGCUUUAGUCUUAUCUCAAUUCUUGAUGUACUAACUCAGCGCCAAAACCGGCCAACUACUCGAGAGAGUCUAGAUCUGGCCAAAUCCCUUUUCCCGCCUAAUGCCAACUAG